AUGGCGGCCAUGUGUCACGUUCGUGCGGCGGUGCGUGACGACAUUGAUGCAAUGGUGCAGCUGCAGAAGGCGAUGGCGCUCGAGACGGAGGGCCUGCGGCUCGACGAGGCCACGCUCCGCCGUGGCAUGACGGUGCCCUUCGAGCGCGAGAACCUCGCACAGUUUUACGUCGUCGAGGACGCCGCAAGCGGCACCGUUGUCGCCAUGAUGAUGACGACGCAGGAGUGGUCGGAGUGGCGUGCGGGGGCGGUGCUGUGGAUCCAGUCGGUGUACGUCGUGCCGGCGUGGCGCCGCCGCGGCCUCUUCCGCAUGCUGUACGAGCACGUGCGGCGUGUCGUGCAGGAGGACGCACACUACCAAGGGAUACGGCUGUAUGUGGAGCGGGACAACAGCGACGCCAUGGCGGUCUACCAGCGGCUCGGCAUGACGGUGGAGCACUACAACAUGAUGAAGUGGAUGAAGGGCGACUUUUGA